UCUAGAGAUUUUGUGGUUCAGUUUUAUGAAAAGCGUAUCAGCAUGCAGAAGCUUCUGAUCAAACUGAAUAUGACCCGCUUUCGUUUUUGGUUGGACAACCUAUGCACGCCACCAUCUUGCAAAUACAUCUGUCCACUGAAUGACAGCAGCGAUACUCGAGAAAGAAUGUCCCGGAAACUCUGUUACUGCGAUAAGCUUUGCCUUGAGCUUGGUGAUUGUUGCUUCGACUACUUUGAAUGGUAAGUCAAAUGCUCCGAAAGAUUUACAUCGUUCAUUUAAUCGGUCUGAAAGAUUCCUUUUUAAUGAUACUGAAGGAAGCUUCAUGUAAUACCCUUUCUUAAAUUUUAGACACCGUGCAAUGCGCUUACACGUACUGUAUUUGACUGCAUUCUAAUACUUUUAUUUGAAAGUUCCCCCUCCCCCUCCCCAAAAUGAAUAAAUAAUUUGAUCGUAGGAAGCGAUUAGUAAAUAUGCAAUAUAAUUUAAGCCGACUUCCUUCAAGUACUGUGAUUAAUUAAGCCUCAAACCUUAUAGUUUAUUUAGGGUCCGGUAGUUGACCAGCAGAUCUCACCUUCUACUAUGCUAUAGCUUCGUACAGUUCCCAAGUACGUUGACGUUACUUACCUGUUUACUGUGUUACGUCACGAAGUAGGUUUGGGCUGAGAUCAAUCGGCCGGAUUUGGUAAUGGACUGAUUUUGCAUAAUCUCCUUUAUGACAUUUGAAAUGUAUAAUACUAUCGCACUACUAUUUGGGUAAUCUAAUAUGGAUUCUCUCUCCCUAUUUUCUUUGUUUUCCAUUUUUGAUUGUUAGGUGUGCGGCUGAUCUUACACAUAGACGUCAGCAUUCAAGACACAUUUGUGUCAAGACGAACAACACCGACUUAUAUGGCUACACGAUGAUUGGCAGCUGUCCAUCAAACAACUCUGAAAAGAGAUUGGAAACCUUGUGCACUGCGACGUCUUCUUCUUUCGAGCUGCCUGUGUUCGAUUUAGACGACAAGAGCGCUUACAAGAAUAUUUUCUGUGCCAAAUGCAAUCACGCUGGUAAGCCAGUUUACUGGAAAUUUUCCGCUUCUUGCAAAGGGCGCCUCGCGCCUAGUGAUAUUCCAAGACGUAGAACGUUGAUGUUGGAAUUUAUAAGGAAGAAUUGCGACUGGGAAUUUUCAGUUCCGCCUGUUAACAUUAAUCCAAAGAACUGUCUAGGGGUAAAAGUCCAGUGUGAACAAUCUGAGCCAUACAAUUCACUAUUAUUAUCCAGUCUCUGUUCCUUUUAUGUCUUUCCCGUUCGUGGAAGUUUUCAAAGAAAAAAUCCUCACUGUGAGGUGUGCCGCGGAAAUGACAUCAGUGCUUACUUUUGUGGACGCUAUUACGGUAAGAAACCUACUUCUGGGCCUUCGCCUGGCAUUCCAUCUUUGGAUAUCCUAUUUGACUUCUCCUCUGCAAGUCAUAGCGUUAAAAUAGGGAAUAAAAAGACAAUUGUGCAAAACAAGGAAUGCGAUAACGGUUUCCUGUUUGAUCCUUUUACAGACCAAUGCGUCAAAGUACUUACUGUGGCCCACUCACGAAAAAACAAUGAAUCCUUUUUUCGUGACACCUGCCUAGGUACAAGUUUUGUUAAAAUUGACUUGAGUUCUGUAACUAUUUUGCCAAAUGGUUCGAUCUGCAUUCCUUUGCAUAGAAGAACAUACAGUAACGAGAGUUACUUUGUUAAUGGCUCCACGUUGUUUCUUUGCGUUAAUUAUACGCGAAAGUUUAAUGAAACGACAAUGAUUUUGAAAGUAGCAAACCUAUCAGGAAGGCAGAUAUUGACAUACGUUGGUUGUGCAAUAUCAAUGGCGUCCUUGAUACUUCUCUUUGGAGUCUAUAUCACUCUUGCAGAGCUUCGAACGCUUCCUGGAAAGAAUCUGAUGAGUUUGUCAGCUUCCAUGUUGUUUUAUCACACCGUCUUUUUAAUGUCCGGUCAGACUAACCUCCCACACCUUUGUAUGGUUGUAUCCAUUUUGCUUCAUUUCUUUCUGCUUUCGUCCUUCUGCUGGAUGAGUGUUAUGGCCUUCGAUGUUGCUAAGACGUUCACAAACAAAGGUAUUUAA